AUGUCUACUACUAUCAAGACCAUUUCCCCUUCCACAAACAAGGUGAUUUCUGAGCGUGCUGCCACCACCGUGCAGCAGGCUCAGGAUAUCACUAAGCGAUCCAAUGUCGCCUUCGAAUCUUUCUCAAAGCUUUCACUGCAACAGAGACGCGAUAUUGUUGUCAAGGCGCUCGCACUGGUCCAGGAGCGAAAGAUGGAUCUGGGCCGUGAAUUGUCCGAGCAGAUGGGCAGACCUAUUGCCUUUAGCCACAAGGAAAUAGAGACCAUGCAGAAGCGUGCAGAUUACCUGCUUGACAUCGUGCAAGAAGCUCUAGCGCCCAUACCUGGCCGUGAAGAGUCUGGCUUUAAGCGCUUCAUCAAGAAGAUUCCAGUGGGACCAACCUUGGUCGUAUUUGCUUGGAACUUCCCGUAUCUGAUCAUCGUCAACUCCCUCAUACCCGCACUUCUCGCUGGAAACAGUGUCAUUCUCAAGCCUUCGCCACAGACGCCCCUUGUCGGGGAGCGUCUGCUGGAAAUUUUUCACGAGGCUGGUUUACCAGAGGAUGUGCUGACCAUAGUUCAGUCUGGGGAUCCAAACCUAGUGAAGGAGCUCGUCUUGCUACCAGAGGUCGGGUUGGUCAGCUUCACUGGAUCUACUGCUGGCGGACUUGCCAUUCGUGAGACCGCAGCUUCCCGCUGCAUCCCCGUCAAUCUCGAACUGGGAGGCAAUGACCCUGCCUAUGUACGUCCUGACGCCGACGUGAAAUAUGUGGCAGCCCAGCUGGUCGAUGGUGCCGUGUUCAAUGCGGGACAGAGCUGCUGUGCUGUCGAGCGCAUCUAUGUCCACACCGACGUCCACGACGCAUUCAUCAAAGAGCUUCAAGAUGAGCUCAAGUCUUACGUACUUGGUGACCCAAUGGAUCCCAAGACAAUGGUCGGUCCCGUGGUGUCGCGUGCCGCCAAGCAAGCUAUUCAGGCGCAAAUUGAUGAUGCUUUGGCCAAGGGUGCCGUGGAUUCCACCCCAGAGAAUACCACCUUCAAGAGCGCAUCUCCUGACGGAAAUUAUGUUGCACCUUGUCUAUUGACUAAUUGCACUCAUGAAAUGAUGGUUAUGAAGGAGGAGACUUUCGGCCCCAUUAUCCCUGUAACUAGGGUGGCAAGUGACGAUGAGGCCGUGGAUCUAAUGAACGACUCCGACUAUGGGUUGACCGCCAGUAUCUGGACCAAGGACAUCUCUCGUGGUGAGGAGCUGCAGGAGCUUCUGGAGGCGGGUACAGUGUUUAUUAAUCGUUGCGAUUACCCCAACCCGGAUCUAGCUUGGACCGGAUGGAAGAAGUCUGGACUAGGUUGUACCCUAGGACCACGUGGCUUUGACGCUUUUGUCAAGUUGAAGAGUUACCACGUCAAGAUGGACCAGGCAUGA